GAAGGGUGGAACUUGACUUAGUUCGAUACCGGACGCCGAGGCGUUCGGGCCGUCCAAAACGUUUGCGAUUUCUGGUCGAAACAAAUCAGCUUUCUUACACGCGUUUUUGUCUCGUGACGAAAAUUAUUGAAUUUUGAAAUAUAAUAAGUAAUCUUAGUCCUUGGUUGUUCACGAUAUGCGUAUUUUUAAAAUAUUUUCGGAAUCACGCAUCCCAUUUUGGUAUAUACGCAAACAGAAAAAGAGAGAUUCGUUUCAUUGUUGUUCCUCAUCGCGGAAAGAGAAACGGGAAUGCAUAACAACAACCAUAGAAGAUUGUUUGUAAAUAUUUUUAGCACCGUGAAGAUGUUAAAAGAAGACGAGUACGAAGACGAAUAGAUACGGGUCAAUAGAUUAAUUGGUGACGAGAAAGGUGAACGAGUUAACUAAACGGGUUAAAUACGAUAAAUAGAGUUAGAGGCCCAUGGCCGGGAACUUUUUUCGCUGGCUUUGGUCGUGGAUCUCGAUCAUGGUCUUGUCUGGAUGUUUGCUUACUUCAAGCGGCGAACAAAUUCCAUGUGUUUCUUAUUUGUCAAAUAUAGUUGAGGAUACUUAUAAUGAAACCCAAACAGAAAUAAUGCUUUUUCUAAGAGAGUAUUGUGACGAUGAGAUUAAUGCUACUAAUAUAACUGCAAAUAUACAAGACUACUUUAAUCGAUUUAGUUUUGACGUACAGAUCACCAUAAUACCUUUGUCAUUGUCAUGUGAAACAAAAACUUGGGGCCUUGAUACUCUGUUACGCAUACUUGGUCAAAAAAGAGCGAAAGCUCUCGUAGCUGUUCUUGAUUCACCAAUGUGUGAAGUUACCAUAAAACUCGCACAUCUCUGGAACAUGCCAUUGUUCACGUGGACUUGCCCUUUGAGAAACUUAGAGGAAAAGCAACUUUCAUCAAUUGUUAGACUAUCUCCAUCGUUACCAAUGAUAGCGAAAGCUCUUACAGAAAUGCUGAUACAUUUACAAUGGAAAACCGUAGCGAUAAUAGGAACUGAUCGCGAACCGUGGAUGAGUCUCGAGAGAGUACUCUUGAAUUCUUUACAAAAUACCGGUGCUGUGGUACGACGACGCGCAAUAUUACCACAUCAAGCUUCUUUUGAACAAAUUCGUAAAAUUCUUCGUAGUGUUUAUAACGUUUCCCGUAGAGUUACGGUGCUAUGUCUACCUACGUCUGACGAAGAUGGAUUAAUUACCCGUGUCCUCUCCGAGAUAGAUAUUGUACAGCACUCUUUUAAUUCCAUACGAAACUCUAUGACUAUAAUCAUUCAUACGAAGGACGACGAUCUUUUUCUUCCGAUCGAAAACACUUCAAUUUCUUAUUUCGAUCCAACAAUAUCUGUUUCGUUUGCAACUUCAUCAUCUUCAAAUCUCUCUGUUUCGAAUCAAGUCUUGCCCAACGAAAUGACUUUUAACGAUUACGAUGACAACACAACGGUGAACAUGCAAGAAAAAGAAAGGGAAAAAAAAUUUCAUCAAUUACGUGAUAAAUCAAAAGUAAAUAAUCGAUUUCUCCCGCCAAGAAAUUUAAGUUCUACAUUCCUAGAGAGAUUGUUAACUAUAACGCCUCUCGAUUACAGAUACGAUGUGGAAAAAGUAUUUGAAGGUAUAGAACGAUAUGUGGUACCAACUUUAAUGGAUCGUUUAAAUGAAACCCUUAAUAUCUUAAUGAAUGACAAUUCCAGUAUAAAUGCAUUUAAUAAUAAGAUUUAUACGUACGUUUUGUUGGAUUGGCGUAUCAAUGUUUGGAAACCUAUAAUGGUUGCUGUGGAAGGACGUGAAAAACUAUUUGUUCGAAAACUAUCUACAAACGCUCUAGCAUUUCUCAAUAUAAAUGAUACUGAUUUCCCAAAGUGCAAUUUUGACGUGAAUGGAAUCCCUAUUAUUGAUUGCAUAGAGAAUACUUUGGACGAAUCAACUUUUCAUAUUGUACAUAUCGUGACUAUCGUUUUGGGAUCAUUGUUACUAACUGUGCUUGCAAUAUCGAUCGCAAUAUUGAUCAGAAAGAAGUUACUUAAGAAAAGAAUGUCCAAAGGUCCGUACAAGAUUAUUUUAACUACAUCGGAUUUCGUAUUUCCUCAAGUGCCUCAAGUAGAUUCGAGAAGAGUGGACGAGGGUAUCGAAACAAUGUUAUGCUGUUGGUUGCAACAGCUGCAGGAGUUUGGUGGACCUGAAGUGGAAAAGCCGGAUUUACUUCAAUUGGGAAGCGUAUCUUCUUUGAAACCAUGUUUGCGAACUAGCACGGGAAACCUGACACGUCAUAAUUUCUUCAAAGAUCCUCGCGCAAGAUACAAUGGUGACUUUGUACAACUAAAAGAACUGCCAACUCAAGGUACUUUUGAGCUGAAAAGCAAAACUAUGGAUAUGUUGGCCAUGAUCCAUGGGCUGCGCCAUGAAAAUCUGAAUCCCCUGAUAGGAUGUUUAAAUGAACCUACAAGACCGUGCCUUGUUUACGAAUAUUGUUCAAGAGGAUCUUUAGAAGACGUACUAGUGCAGGAUGAAAUCAAACUCGAUUGGUCCUUUAGAUUAUCAUUUCUUACUGAUCUUGUGCGGGGUAUGAGAUAUCUUCAUGGUACACCAGUGCGUGUACAUGGUUAUCUUACUUCGCGAAACUGUGUCAUCGAUGCUCGUUGGGUUCUUAAAGUUACCGAUUAUGGACUGCCUGUUUUUUAUGAAGCACAAAAUAUUGUUCCUCCAACAAAAACAGCUAGAGAUCUUUUAUGGACUGCGCCUGAAUUAUUAAGGCAACCAAAUCUUCAAAAAAAAGGAACGCAACCGGGAGACGUUUAUAGUUUUGGUAUCAUUAUGCAGGAGGUAGUAGUUCGUGGAGAACCAUUUUGCAUGCUCGCUCUAUCGCCAGAAGAUAUUAUCGAAAAAGUGAUGAAACCACCCCCACUGAUUAGACCAUCUGUGAGCAAAGGUGCAGCACCACCAGAAGCGAUAAAUAUUAUGCGUCAAUGUUGGGCAGAAACACCGGAUAUGAGGCCUGAUUUCAAUGAUGUUCAUGAUCUUUUCAAAAAAUUAAAUCAUGGAAGAAAAGUCAAUAUUGUCGACACGAUGUUUCAAAUGUUGGAAAAGUAUUCAAACAAUUUAGAAGAAUUGAUACGUGAACGCACGGAACAAUUAGACAUGGAAAAGAAGAAAACGGAACAAUUAUUGAAUCGAAUGUUACCUAGCUCUGUUGCUGAAAAAUUAAAACUUGGUAUGCCAGUCGAUCCUGAAGAAUUCCGAGAAGUAACGAUCUAUUUUUCGGACAUAGUUGGUUUCACAACAAUUUCAGCACAUUCAACCCCGUUCCAAGUAGUCGAUCUUUUAAACGAUUUAUAUACAUGCUUCGAUGCCACGAUCAACGCAUAUACUGUAUAUAAGGUGGAAACUAUAGGAGAUGCUUAUAUGGUCGUAGGAGGUUGUCCUGUAAGAAUAUCUGAUCAUGCUUCUCAAAUAGCUACGAUGGCUCUCGAUUUGCUGCAUCAAAGUGGAAAAUUCAAAUUGAAGCAUCUGCCAAAAACUCAGCUGAGGUUGCGAAUCGGUCUUCAUACAGGUCCUUGCUGUGCUGGUGUUGUGGGUUUGACAAUGCCAAGAUAUUGUCUUUUUGGUGAUACUGUUAAUACCGCGUCAAGGAUGGAAUCCACCGGCGCACCAUGGCGAAUUCAUCUUAGUCAAGCUACUAGAGAUCGAUUGACUCAAGUGGGUGGAUAUCAAAUCGAAUAUCGCGGGUCAACUGAAGUUAAAGGCAAAGGGAAAAUGCCUACUUAUUGGUUGCUAGGAAAGCAAGGCUUCGAUAAAGAACUUCCAACGCCACCUCCACUUGGGGAAAACCAUGGGCUGAACGAGAAUUUAAUAUUGGAGAAUUUAAUGAACAAAGAAAGCGUAACACAUGGAUGUCCAGUUAUGGUAAAUCCGACUAUGGAUUUAUCGUGCAAAGAUACGAAUGCAGAAGAAGAAAGCAAAAACAAUAAUGGAAAAAAUCAAAAUAUAAACAUCGAUGAUGUAGAUGAAAAUACUGACAAAGAUCUAGAAACAUAUAAAAUUGCAGUUUCUGUACACGAUGAACAAAUUCAAAAUAUGAACUCGUCUUUAAAAUCAACAGCUAACAUUUUCCAAAUUUUAUCUACGAAAGAAAAAGUGAAUGGAAGAGAAAACGAUGAUACUAAUUCGACUAUUGUAACCAAAAGUACUUCCGGUGACACUCAAACCUCUCUGGGAACAUCCAUAUUUUAUACAGAAAAAACUGUACUUGGUGCAUCUACCAGUUCUCUUACAUCGAUCUCAAGCUCAACUAAUCUGUAUAGACCGGCAGGUCCCGCAAAACAUCGGAGAAUAACUGGUUAUAUCGAUGAGAACGACCUAAGCACGCCAUAUAAUCAUUAUAGAUGUCUCUCGCCAAACGAACAUUAUGGAAGAAGCACAGGUUGUCGUUUUUUAAAGAGACAAUUUAGUCUAGAUCGUCCCGAUGAAACUACCUAUGUUGGUUUCACCGAGCAAAUUAAUUAUCAACAGCAAUUACAUCAACAGCAACAACAACAACAAUUAUUAUCACAACAAAAUUUGAAUAUGACACCAAGACUUUAUAAACAAAAUAGUGCGGGUGCAGCAAAUGAUCUGGAACGUAUCGAAGAAGUACCGUCUACUCCAGCUUCUGUUCUUCAACACUAUAGACAGGCAGCAUCUGUUUCUCUCUCUGUAGAAUCAUUAACGCUCCGUUGAACAAUAUUACAUCUUUAAGUGAUAAAAAUAUUUGUCGUAAACAUUUAUUUAUUAAAAUUCUUCAAAAAAUGACAAUCGUCCCGUAUCCAUACGAAUCAUUAGACAUAUAUGAGCGAUAUUAAAUUUAUUGAACCGUGAUACAAAGAUAAUAGAAUUCUGCAAAAGUUAUUUACUUGUGUACUUAUCCUUAUCUCUUUCAUAUAAUAUUAUCAUAAAUCGAUUGACCCCUUUGAUUAUAGUAUAAUAAUUGCGAAAGAUAUAGAGAAAACUUUAUACCCAUUAUCGCGAAUGACAAUCUGUUACAUAUGCAGCUCUCGUAUUAUGUAAAUAUAUUAUAUUGAAAAUGUGUGCAAUAUAUUCUAUUUCCGUAUUUUUUCUGAUCCAUUAUUUCUUCAAUUAUUUCAUAACUUAAAAUCAAAUAAUAUAUUUUAUUGUUGUGCAUAAAAUGCACAAUAAAUCAAAUAAUUAUAUCAUUAAAAUUGUUUAUAAAACUCUGCUGAAAUAUAAUGAUACACUAUCACACAUCA